AUGACCCUUCACAAUGCCCGUGAGACCCUGCACAACGAACUCGAGAAACUCAUCCAGACUGCUAAACCCGAACACAAAACUACCGUUAGGAAGGAGUUUGAUGGUUUUGAGAGGUUGUUCUCACGUUUCUUGCACGAAUCUGGGUCAGCUGUUCACUGGGAGGACAUCAAGACCUUACCUCAAAAUGCUAUAAAGCCGUAUGCAGAACUGAAAGUAGAGAUGGACAAGGAAAAGAUUAAAUCGAUGCUGAACAAGUUGGUUGUCCUGAAGUUGAAUGGAGGUCUGGGGACGAGCAUGGGAUGUACGGGCACCAAGUCCCUUAUCUCAGUCAGGAAUGAGUUGACCUUCCUUGAUCUUACUGUCCAACAAAUUGAGAACCUGAACAAGACUUACGGAGUCAACAUCCCCCUGGUUCUCAUGAAUUCCUUCAACACAUCGGAGGAGACAGAGAAGACGCUGAGGAAGUAUGGAGCCAUGGAUGUCAGCAUUCACAUGUUCAACCAGUCAAAGUAUCCGAGAAUCAAUAGGGAAUCCUUGCUUCCCAUUGGAAGGAGUUGCAGCGUUGAAGAUCUCGAUGCCUGGUACCCGCCCGGGCACGGAGAUGUGUACGAGAGCUUCUACAACACGGGUCUGCUGGCUCAGUUCAUCAACGAAGGCAGGGAGUACGUCUUCAUAUCCAACAUGGACAACCUGGGAGCCACGGCCGAUAUCAAUAUUCUGAGCUUCCUGUUGAACCCACCAUCUGGUCAGGCUCCAGAGUUUGUGAUGGAGGUGACGGACAAAACGAGAGCAGACAUCAAGGGAGGUACAUUGGUCGUGUAUGAAGAUAAGUUGAGGUUGUUGGAGAUGGCCCAAGUGCCGAAGGAACAUGUUGAAGAGUUCAAGAGUGUCAGCAAGUUCAAAAUUUUCAACACAAACAACUUGUGGGUCAAUCUGAAAGCCAUGAAUCGAGUCAUUGAAGAUCACGCCGUGCAUCUGGAGAUCAUUGUUAAUCCCAAAACACUGGAGAAUGGGUUGAAUGUCAUCCAACUGGAAACAGCCGUCGGAGCUGCCAUUAAAAGUUUUGAGGGGGCCAUAGGCAUCAACGUACCUCGCAGUAGAUUCCUGCCCGUGAAGACGACCUCCGACCUGCUGAUCAUCAUGAGCAACCUGUACAGCCUGAAGCACGGCUUCCUCGAGAUGAACCCGAAGAGAAACUUCCUCACUGUGCCUCUCGUCAAACUGGGCAACUCGUUCAACAAGGUGAAAGACUUUUUGAGUCGAUUUGCCAGCAUCCCCGACAUGUUGGAGCUUGAUCACCUGACUGUUUCAGGGGAUGUGACCUUCGGAAAGGGGGUUUCUCUCAAGGGCACCGUGAUAAUCAUAGCCAAUCACGGUGACAGAAUUGAUAUUCCUCCCGGUUCAAUUCUCGAGAACAAAAUUGUAUCUGGCAAUUUGAGAAUAUUAGAUCACUGA